ACGCACCUACCCCGCGUCGCAUCCAUCCUUUCCGCCUUGCCUCUUCCGGACGGCCCAGUUCUUCCCUCAGCUAUAUAUGUCCUGAGAAGCAAAUGCCAUGUUAACCAGUCACCUUUAAAACGGAGAAGAGCAGAGAUAAAUCAUUUGUUGGACUGUAGGUUGAGCGCGCCUGGUCACCGGGAGCUGAUACUACUUCGGGGGGGUUCGUUGAUCCUUGUUGGUAUUCAAAAAUUUCAUCAUUUUGCGGUAUUUGUUUUUUCCAAAUUGAUUUUGUCUAAGUUGGGUGGUCAGUUUUUUUGUGGAAAAUCUGGAGGAAAUUUCAAGUGGGUGUGACCAAAUUUUGGGUUUGAGAGUUGGGGGUCGAGAAAUCGUAACAGAUUCUUAAGUGGGUGCUCUAAACUUUUGGUUUCCUGAGUCGGAUUUUCCAUUAGAGGAAGCGAUUCUCGAUUUUGGUUGGGUUUCGCAUAGUUGGUAUUUCUAGGUUCCAUGGAGAAUUGUGGUGCACUGAGCCUGCAAUCAUGCGGGUGGCUUGGUCUGGAGAAGGGAAGGGCGAAGGCUCCUGAGUUGCUCUUCUCGGAUUGUUGGGAGAAGAGGAACGUGCGGGUUUCCAAAUCACAGGAUCUUCGGAUGAAGUUGGUCCCCUGCAAAUCGAGGGCUGCUGCACCCAUCAUCAAGAACUCUUGUUCCUCCAAGGAUUCGGCAGUGCCUUUUGAGUUGAAAGCAAAGAACCUGCGAUCCACUGAUGAGGAAGCAUUGAUUUUGAAGGAGAAGGCUCGAGAGGUUGCCCCUUAUCUGAAUGGGGCCUGCAUAUAUCUUGUAGGAAUGAUGGGAUCUGGUAAGACCACUGUAGGGAAAAUCUUGUCUGAAUCACUGGGUUAUUACUUUUUCGACAGUGACAAAUUGGUGGAGCAAGCUGUUGGUGGAGCUACUGUGGCUCAGAUAUUUAAGGAGUACAGUGAAGAAUUUUUCAGAGAGAAUGAGAGUAAGGUAUUAAAAGACUUGUGCAUGAUGCGCCGACUAGUGGUUGCAACUGGGGGUGGUGCUGUCAUCCGGCCAAUAAAUUGGAGAUACAUGAAACGGGGUGUCACUGUCUGGUUGGAUGUGCCUUUGGAAGCUCUAGCCAGGCGAAUUGCGGCAGUUGGGACAAAUUCACGUCCUCUUCUGCAUCAUGACUCUGGAGAUGCAUAUACAAAGGCUCUUCUACGUCUCUCAGCACUAUCUGAGGAGAGGGGUGAAGCUUAUGCUAAUUCAGAUGCAACAGUUUCUCUUCAGAGUAUUGCUUGGAAGCAAGGUCAUGGAGACGUAUCAGCUCUCACGCCAACUGCUAUUGCCAUCGAGGCACUAAUAAAAAUUGGCAACUUCGUAAAUUGGAAAGAAGGCAAUGGACAAAUUGUCUGAGUUCUUGAAGGGACUGCAAAGCCAUUAUUUCUUGCAGAGCUUCGUCCGUCUUGUUGGCUAUUUAUUCAUUCUUGUUAUAUGUAAGUAGAUAAUGGAAAACCAGCUCUAUCCAACGUCCGUUCUGCUGCGUCACCUGUACAGAGAAUGAGUUGCACAGAGGUUUGAGAGCCUGUAUCUUGAUGUAAACUGAUAGCUGAAUCUGUGGACUAGAAAAUUCGCGCAUGCGCAAAACCGCAGAUUUUGGUGGUUUACCAUGACGAUUUUACAGUCAUUUUGUCAAUAUCGUGAAGUGCUCUAUCUGUAAUAACGUGAGUUCUACUAAGAUGCUGAGGGCAGGGAUAACUGGAUGUAUACUGAAUCCUAUAUUAAUUUGCAUGCCAGUAAAGCAUGAUUUUUUUAAAGCUUU